UAAUCACUCCGAAAAAGAAAAAUAUUUGCUUAUAUAGUCACUGUAUCGUUUUUUAUACCAAGAUCCGACCGGCCGGUUCAUUGACUGUGCUCAUCGGGCCGGGUUCGCUAAAUGUGCCGGACGGUUUUUCGGAUCACCCGGCCUAGCCGACCCUGUCCUUGAAGACUCGGAUCCUGGGAAAAUUUUUUGCUGUUUCAAAUUCUUAUCCUCCAACUCAGAAGAGAGCGCACGCUUCUAGAUUUUACUGGCGAACAGUUCUCCUACCAUGUCGGUGAUGCAUUCCAGGCUCCUCCCUCUCCCUCUUCAGUUCACAAAUACUAACGGUAUGCUUCCUUAUCCCACCCGGAGACUCUCUUAUCCUUGUCUCCGACAACUCUCAGUCUUCUGCGCGAAGAGAGCUGGUAAACGGAGGUAUCCAUCCGAGAAGAAGAAGUUGAAAUUGAAGCAAAAAGAAGCCGUAGCCGAUGUGGAAAACAAGUUUGAAGGUAUCUGGAGACUCUCCAAGCUCGGUGUUUUGGUCCAAAACGACCCCGGAAAGGACUUCAUUGGUCUCUCCGAUGGACUGCUGCAAGAGAUCGCCAAAGUUCUCGAGUUUCCGGUUGCUUCAAUGCUGCCAACAGAAGCAUUCACAGUCGUCCGGAAAUCUUUUGAUGCGAGGAAGGUGUUGAAGGAGCCCAAAUUUGUAUAUACUGUGGACAUUGAUGUUGAAAAACUUCUAAAUCUUGAGCCCCAUACAUAUGACUUCAUUUCUCGAUUGGAGCCUAAAGUUGGACUUGUAGAACAUCUAGAUUCUGAAAAAGUUUGUGAUGACUUGAUCAGUAUAAUAAAUGGGUGUAAAAGAAGCAGCAACAGUACUCCGACAGGAGAAAGCAAACAUGAAAUUUCCUGUUGGUCUACAGAAUUACAGAAGCAUUCUGCAACCAGAAAACCAAAAGUUGCUGUUGUGGGUAGUGGUCCAUCCGGCUUGUUUGCUUCUCUUGUUCUUGCUGAAUUUGGAGCAGACGUUACAUUGAUAGAGAGAGGUCAAGCAGUAGAACAGAGAGGGCGUGACAUUGGCCGUCUAGUUGUUCGUCGGAUUUUGGAAUUGGAAAGCAAUUUUUGCUUUGGGGAGGGUGGUGCAGGUACUUGGAGUGAUGGAAAGCUGGUAACUAGAAUUGGAAGGAAUAGUGGAAGUGUCUUGGCGGUUAUGAAAACUCUCGUUCAAUUUGGGGCUCCAAAAAGUAUCUUAAUUGAUGGGAAGCCACAUUUGGGAACUGAUAGACUUGUUCCUUUACUCCGCAACUUUCGGCAGCAUCUACAAAGCCUAGGGGUUUCGAUCAAGUUUGGGACUAGGGUAGAUGAUCUGCUUGUGGAGGAUUCACAUGUUGUAGGGGUCAGAGUUUCUGAUUCAAGAGAUAGAGCACGAUCAGAUUGCCAGAAAUUGAGAUAUGAUGCAGUUAUUCUCGCUGUUGGCCAUUCUGCACGUGAUAUAUAUGAAAUGCUUCUAACGCAUAAUGUGGACUUGGUCCCGAAAGAUUUUGCUGUUGGUUUGCGAAUCGAGCAUCCUCAAGAACUAAUUAACAGCAUACAGUAUUCGGGUUUGGCCAAUGAAGUUCAAAGAGGACGAGGAAAGGUUCCUGUCGCAGAGUAUAAGGUUGUACGAUAUGUCAAAAGUGAGGAUGGGGAUUCUUCCCAUCAUCAAGCAGAUGUAAAUCGUAGUUGCUAUUCCUUCUGCAUGUGCCCUGGUGGGCAGGUUGUUCUCACUAGUACAGAUCCCUCAGAACUCUGUAUCAAUGGCAUGUCAUUUUCUCGUCGUUCAUCAAGGUGGGCUAAUGCUGCUCUUGUUGUCACUGUCUCAUCAAAGGAUUUUGAUUUAUUGAAUUUUCAUGGGCCUCUUGCUGGUCUGGGAUUUCAGAGAGAAUUUGAGCGAAGAGCAGCUAUAAUGGGAGGGGGUAACUUCGUACUACCUGUGCAGAGGGUUACUGAUUUUCUGGAGAACAAGUUAUCAGUUGCUUCCGUGCCACCAUCCAGUUAUCGCCUGGGAGUAAAGGCGGCAAAUCUUCAUGAGCUGUUUCCUACUCAUGUAACAGAUGCUUUGAAGUAUUCAAUUGCAAUGUUUGAAAAAGAGUUACCAGGGUUUAUCUCCAAGGAAGCACUUCUUCAUGGAGUUGAGACAAGAACUAGCUCCCCUCUUCAGAUUCCCCGCAGCAUGGACUACGAGAGCACAUCUUUGAAGGGGUUAUACCCAGUUGGAGAAGGAGCAGGUUAUGCUGGCGGAAUUGUUAGCGCAGCAGUAGAUGGAACGUUUGCAGGUUUUGCUGUGGCAAAGAACUUCAAUUUAUUUCAUGGUAGCCUAGAAUCUGUUCUAGGAAAGACUCAGGGUUUUGGAAUUUCAAAGUACUGAAAAGGAGUUAGUUCACGCCUGUUUGGUUGUAAUCAAUGGGAAAACAUACAAGCUCGACUUGGGUUUGCCUAGAAGGCUCCAUAGAGUGGAGGAAGAUGGUGCCUUUCAACUUACAGAUCCGGGUGUGGCACAAAACUUGUUUGAAAAGUCCAAAUUGUGUCAUGCUGGUUAAACACAUGGGGGAAGAUCCUUGGAUGCUCUCAGGAUCCAUCACCUUUACUCAUGUUUCUCACAGUAAGAUUGGUCAAGGUUCGAUUAUGUUAGGUCUCAACUGUUAAAUUUGGGGGGAAGGCUGGCUUGAAUAUUGUGCUGAAUAGUAAAACAAGCCUAACUCAAGGAUUGAUUGUCUCAUCACUCGAAGGUAUUAUUAUUUCUUGAUGCAAAGCUUGAUUUCGAGGUUGUAAUUUUGACUGAAUCUUUCCUUGAGAAACUUGUAGCAUAAGCAAGUAGUAUAUCUUUUUUUAUAAUA